AUGGAUAGCCCCGUUAUAACUCAACAUCCACUUGAUGCCUUUUUAAUGAUCAAAAUCAAUUCAAAUAUGAGGAUGGAUUAUGUGGCGGUGAUGGUGGCGAUGAUGUCGAGUUUAAGUUGCUUGAGGGGUUUCUGGCUACUGUUUUGCUCUCAGCUUGAUCAUUCCUCACCCCGACCCAAGCCCGUGCAUGGUCGUGGACAGCCUACGCUGAGAGAUUUGAGUCGCUACAAUAACUGCUCCACGGCUGACAUACCUUUCCAAAUUGAUGUGAAUAGUUUCAAUGAACGUCCGCUCUAG